AGAAUCCUCGUGAAAACCACCACUAAACAACCAACCAUAUUCAUUCUAAAACUGAGAUCUAAAAAUUUUGGAAAUGGCUGGCGUUGAAUUGCUACCCAGGGAGUACGGAUAUGUAGUUCUCGUUCUGGUUUUGUAUUGUUUCAUUAAUUUCUGGAUGACUGCGCAAGUCGGCAGAGCCCGCAAGAAGUAUAAUGUAUCUUAUCCGACUCUGUAUGCGAGUGAAGCUGAUAAUAAGGAUGCCAAACUCUUCAAUUGUAUCCAGAGGGGGCACCAGAAUUCACUGGAAAUGCUGCCCAUGUUCUUGAUGUUGAUGAUUCUGGGAGGAAUCAGGCACCCUUUGAUUGUUGCAUCACUGGGAGUUGGUUACUGCGUCUCUCGAAUUUUCUACUUCAAAGGCUACUCCACCGGUGAUCCUCAGAAACGCCUAUCCAUCGGGAAAUAUGGUUUCUUGGCCACAUUUGGGCUGAUAAUUUGCACAAUUUCAUGUGGAGUUGGUAUGCUUACUGCUUGAAGAAAAGGAUAUGCUUUGGAAUCUUGUGUUAUUUAGUUGGUGGUAGUUGGCAUGCUUCUCUCCACUUAAUUUAUAUCAUCCAUAAACCAAUUUCUUUACUGGAUUUUGGCCAAUUUCUCUACACCUUGACUUGAUUUAAUGAAUACAGCUUCUAUAA